ACCUCCUCUAUCUUCCUGUAUUAAUCCAUCUUUCUCUCUCCCUCUCUCUCUAUAACUUUUAAUUUUUCUUUUCUUUUCCAUCUUUCAAUCAAUCAGUCUCUCCAUUUAAGGGAAAAUUGUUAUGAUGGAUGUUAAAGUCACGCACAGCAACAACCAAAAGAGCAGCUCCUCCUCCACCACCACCGCCACUCAAAGUGAAGAUGAGAUGAUGAGCGAGUUACGGAGAGGUCCAUGGACGGUUGAAGAAGACUUUAAGCUCAUCAAUUACAUUGCUACUCAAGGAGAAGGUCGCUGGAACUCUCUCGCUCGCUCUGCAGGCCUUAAACGAACUGGGAAAAGCUGCAGAUUAAGAUGGCUAAACUAUUUAAGACCUGACGUUCGACGUGGAAAUAUCACUCUCGAAGAACAACUCAUGAUCCUUGAGCUUCAUUCUCGAUGGGGCAAUAGAUGGUCCAAGAUUGCGCAACACUUACCGGGAAGAACAGACAAUGAAAUCAAGAACUACUGGAGAACUCGUGUCCAAAAGCACGCAAAGCAACUUAAAUGUGACGUGAAUAGCAAGCAAUUUAAAGACACCAUGAGGUACUUAUGGAUGCCAAGAUUAAUUGAAAGAAUUCAAGCUGCCAAUAACACUACUACUGCUGCUGCUGCUACUACGACCACUAGCACUGCUGCACCCACCACCACAACCACCGCAGAGGCCCCUAAUCACCACCUAAUGGCCACCGAUGAAAUGGGUAGUGGACAAUGGGCCGCCAUGGCCGGUGGAGGGAUGAUAAGGAAUGAUUUCGGGGUUGCACAUGUUACUCCGAGUUACACUACGCCAGAGACAUCUAGUACAGCAGCAUCAUCGGACUCGUUUGGAACCCAGGUUUCACCUGUAUCAGACAUGACUAAUAAUAACGAUCACUACAGCAUCUCGGUUAAUCAUAAUGCUAAUCCAGAUACUAAUUAUUUCCAAUCUGGGCAAGUUUGUUAUUCAGAAUCCAUGAUUUCUCCAUCUGGUUAUUUUAAUCAAGGAUUGGAUUUUCAAGCUAUGGAGCAGAACAACAUUAACCAAUUAUGGGCGGAUGGUGGGGACACGACAGACAAUCUGUGGAGUGUUGAUGAUAUUUGGUUCAACAUGUGAAGGGGGGAAAAGAAAAAGAAAAAAAAGAAAAAAAAAAGAAGAAGAAGAAGAAGCCUACAUGUUAAAAUAAAAUAGGCGAAAAAUGUAGAAUCAUGCAUCUAUACAGGAUUAUUCAUAAUUACAUAUAGGAUUUGUGAUAGAUUAAGGAAGUCUAAAUCGUGCAUUAGCUUUAUAAUUAAUUUCAAUUUCCUUUGUUGGUUCCUUCUUUUUUUUGUUUUGUUUCUUCCCUUAUUUUGGAGGGGAAGGGAGGGGUGAAAUUGAAAUUUGAGCUGUUCCUUAGUAUCAUUCUUUGAUAUUGACAGUGUAACUUUGUUUUUA